AAUAAGGUCCUCUUAUUUAUUCUUUGUGCGAACUCUGGUUCUGGAAAAAGAAACAAAUACAAAUAAUAAGGUAGCAGCAACCACUGGUUUUAUUAUGGGACAGCUCAAUGAGAUUCGUAUCCAUCUAUUAUGCGCCCUUUUAUCUAGCUUUGGGUAGACCUCAUACAAUAACUGUCCUUGCUUUACCUUAUCUUUUGAUUCAGCUUUUCUUGAACACUGAAAAAAAAAUUUUUGCUUAUGGAUCUAAUAACCAAAAUUCGAUCCGUGAGCUAGAGAAUAUCUUUGUAUUCCUCAAUCAUCUUAUUUUUCAGUUGCUUAACACUUGCAUUUUACCAAGUUCAACGUUAGCCCGAUUAGUAAGCAUUUAUCUGUUUCGCUGUAAUAAUAAGAUGUUGUUUGUAACAAGCAGUUUGUUUGCUUGGGGAAUGGGACAAAUUUUAGUCAUAAAUUGCUUGGAAUUUUUAGCAGUCUGGAUACAGAAAAAUAAUGUUAUUAGGUCGAUCAUUCGAAAGUACCUAGUGAGAAAUUCUAUAUUUUUUAUUUUAGUAAAUUAUAGUUUUGGAACUCUAGUAUGUAUUCUAAGUAUUCAGUCUUUAGGCAGAACACCCUUACCUAUUCCUACUCAGAAAUUUAGUGAGGUCUCAAAAAUAGAACAAAGGGAAAAGGAAAGGUUGCAAAGGGAGGAAGAAAAAGACGUAGAAAAAAAAAAGAAAUCCGCUGAAAAAGAUCCUUCCCUUUUUUCCGAAGAAAAAGGUAUUUUGGAAAAAAGAAUUGGACUUGAAGGUAAAUGAACCAGACUUGGAAGGGUCUGAUUCCGAAUUGGAAAUCCUUGAAAAAAAUGAAAAUAAAGAACAUAUUGUGGCUCUUCUUUUUGAUUAUAAAAGAUGGACUCGCCCAUUUCGUUACAUAAAAAAUAAUAGACUUGAACAAGCUGUAAGAAACGAAAUGGCACAAUAUUUCUUUGACAUACAUAAAAGUGAUGGAAAAGAUAGAAUAUCUUUUACCCAUCCGAUAAGUUUAUCAACGUUUUUUCAAAUAAUCAAAACAAAGAUACCCCUUUUGUCACUAGAAAAAGAUAUUUCUAAUACAUUGGACAAUUUUUGGGUUUCUAGAAACAAACAAAAAUUAAAUUCUAUAAAAAUUGAUUUGCUAAUCGAAUUAAAAAUCUUGACAAACCAGUAGCAGUUCCAAUAAUCGAAAUUGAAACAAACAAAACGCGAUUAUGUAUACACAAUGAUGAGACUAGAAAAGAAUACUUACCAGAAAAGUAUGAUCCCUUGUUAAAUGGGCCUUCCCGCGGAAGAAUAAAAAAAGAUAUCACGUCGAUAAACGAUACUUCGAUCAAAAAGUUGAGAGAGAAGGUUAUGCUAAAUAGACUUCAUGCUUUAUUGUUGAUGUCUACUUUUGAAAAAAAGGAAAAAAAACCAUUACAAGUUGGUGAGUUCUCAACUUUAUCAUCAAGUUUCAAUUUAACGGAUUCAGAACAACUAACAAAAUUUUUAGUAAAUGCAAUUGAGACAGACGAUAAAAAAUCUUCUGCAAUAGAAAAAAUAGGUAAAGAAGAAAUUGGUAAAAAAGUCCCCGAUGGUCAUACAAAUUAAUAACUGAAUUGGAACAAAUAUCGUAUUUUACAAAUCCACAGAUGAUCAUGAUAUUCGUUCAAGAAAAGGAUCAGUGUAUUAAUUUUUGAAGAACCUAAGACUCUCAAAGAUAAGACUACAAACAAAGAUAAGAAUACAAAAGAUACAAAUAUUCAAGCUAUAAAAUCCGACGAUAAUGAGAAAGAUAAAAAUAUUAAAAAGAAAAAGGAAGAUGAGGAUAAUAAGCUUUUUUUAUUACGAUAUCCGCACCAAUCUGAUUUUCGCCAAGGCUUAAUAAAAGACUCUAUGCGAACUCAAAGACGUAAAAUAGUUAUUGAGGGACUUUUUUAAAGCAAAUGCGCAUUCCCCUCUUUUUUUUGACAGGAUGAGGAAAAAAACCUUUUUUUCUCUACCAUACCUGGCUCAACUGAAACGGCUUUUUAGAAAAUGGUCAUCCAUAAAAGAGUUUGGGAUUUUAGAAUCUACAGAGGAAAAAAAAAAUAAUAAUAAAAAGAGAAACCAAAAAGGAAAAAAAACGACGAGAGGAAAUAGAACGGUUAGAGAUAGGGGAAGCCUGGGAGACUUUUCCAUAUACCCAAAUAAUAAGAGGUUUUUUAUUAAUAACCCAAUCAAUUCUCAGAAAAAAGAUUCUAUUACCUUCAUUCAUAAUCGGUAAAAAUAUCGGGCGUAUGCUACUAUUUCAAACUCCUGAAUGGUCUGAAGAUUUAAAGGGAUGGAAUAGAGAAACGCAUGUGAAGUGUACUUAUAAUGGUAUUCCGUUAGCUGACAAAAAAUUUCCGGAAAAUUGGUUGACAGAAGGUAUUCAAAUCAAAAUUUUAUUUCCUUUCUGUCUCAAACCUUGGCACGAAUAUAAAUCGC